AUGAAGAAAAAAUUUGCCAUAUUACUUUUGGUUGUUUACUUCCAGGCCAGUUUAGCCUGUGUCUCAGGAACAGAUGAACACCUCCUACACUUUGUCACCGACGACGUGCCUUCAGGAUCUUAUAAAUAUUACAGCCUGAUGUAUGACGGACUUAUCAAGAUACAGUUGACUUCUCAGAGCGGAGACGCUGAUCUUUACAUUUCGCAAACAACUACCAAACCCACCUACGAGCCAGAACAUUUCUGCCUUCGUUCAGCCACCUGUGGUGAAGAUAUCAUUUUCAUACCAAAAAGCUUCAAGAGGCCCGUGGGAAUCGGUGUAUAUGGUCAUCCCUCUCACGAUAUUAGCAAAUAUUCCCUUUCGGUCUAUCAGCUCUCCGUUCCCCCUGACGAAGGAGAAAUUGAGAGUACAUAUAGAUCAGAGGAUAGUUUGCACAAAGAUUAUACCCCUAAGAAAGAAAGACCUUCAUUUGCCGUCGCGCUGCUAUGGUCGUUAAUUGAUAUUCUGUUUCAAGUUUUCUUUUUGUGA